CGCCGGCAGAGGCUGCCGGCGACGGUGGGGGGUGACUUCCUCUCCCCCUACCCUUCCGAUCUCUUUCCCUCUGCGAAUUGUUCUAUUAGGUUUGGUACAUUCUGUUCCCUUGCUCAAAUCUCUGUCUCUGGCCCCGCGGGGAUUAAAACGUGAACCACCAGCCACCAUUUCAUACGAUCUCAUCACACUUCUUAGUUACCAUCUCCAGCGACCUUCCUCGGGGGUGCUAGCCGGAUCCGCGAUCGUCGAAAUCCCAAGCUCCUCCACAGGCCCGAGGGUCGGUCGUCCUCAUGGCGGGGAUCCUGGCGUGGGCGGCUGACGUGGUCGGCGGGGCCGGCGGCAGCGACGACGAGGCGGACGACGACGCGCGCGCCGCGGCGUCGGCCGCCAUGACCCCGGCCCAGCGGCUCCGCGCCGCCGACCUGGACGCGCGGGCGGCCUCGCUGCGCCGCGCCAUCCAGGACCUCCGCCUCCGGGUGCCCCCGCCGCACGUCGCGCAGCGCCUGCCCCACCUCCACGCCGACUCACUCGCGUCGUCCGCCGCGCUCGCGCUCCAGCUCAACGCGCACUCCUCCACCAAGGAGCAGACCCAACAAAGAGAAGUAACUCUCCAAGAAGAAAAUGCAGCCUAUGAGAAAGCUAUAUCAGAGUGUAAACAGAAAAUUCAGGAAAAGCAGAUGGAGGCCACUCAGCUUCUGAGUAAUCUGGAGGAAAUGGAAGUAACAGAGCAUAAUUUAAAGACACAGCUUGAAAAUGCUCUGAAGGAGCUAGAGGCUGCUCAACAUAAAGCAUCAACAGCAACCUCUGGAACAGCUGAAAAUGCUCUACUGGAAGCUAAGUCAGUGACUGACCUUAAAUCUAAAGAUUUGGAGGAGAAGAAAAGGGAGCUUGAACUAUUGGAUAACAAGGUGCAAACAUUAGAGAAAGAGUGGUCUGUGGUUGAAGAAGAAUCUUUAAAGAAACCCACUCCUGCACAAAGGGAGAAGGUCCUGGAGAGGCAACUGCAUAGCCUCAUCGAGCAGUUGACAGCUAAGCAAGCUCAAGCUGAAAUUCUGGCCACUGAUGUGCAUUCCAAAGAAAAGGAGCUGGAACGGCUGAACCAUCUGCAUAGAAACCUCUACGGCGGUGCCAACGAAACUGGCGCACCCCGGAGCCGCCUCAGCAGAGGCCUCUUGAGCGGCCCUGAAGAUUACUAUUACGACCCUAAAGCGGGCCGGAAACCGUACCAGGCUGGCGCUAGAACAGAAGGCCAGAACCGGCUGAUGAUCCUUAGGUCCGCAAUUGUACUGUAUGUUCUGCUGCUCCAUGUCAUCGUUUUCAUAAAGAUAUCAGUCUGAAAGCAGUUGAGCUAGCGCUUCAUAAGUUCAUAUAGGGAAACAGAUACUUGCUUUUGUGUUCCAAACCAUGCAAACGUUUCUUGUUGUAAAUAACUUUGUAUGUGAGUAUGUAUCUCGUUUGAUGGAUCUAUAGGAGAGUUAUAUGAAAUACCUGUUGUCAUAUUUUGG